CCCCGCCCCGCCCGUCGUAGUGCUGCCGGGGAACGUAACGCGCUCUUUCUGCCGACGCGCUCGUGGUGGUGGCAGCAGGUGAACUCUCAACAUGCAGAACGACGCCGGCGAGUUCGUGGACCUGUACGUGCCGCGGAAAUGCUCCGCCAGCAACCGCAUCAUCGGCGCCAAGGACCACGCGUCCAUCCAGAUGAACGUGGCCGAGGUUGACAAGGUGACAGGCAGGUUCAACGGCCAGUUUAAAACCUAUGCUAUCUGCGGGGCUAUCCGGAGGAUGGGUGAGUCAGAUGACUCCAUUCUCCGACUGGCCAAGGCCGAUGGCAUCGUCUCAAAGAACUUCUGACUGAAGAGCAUCACUGAUGUUUAAUUUGUCAUAAAUAAAUAGUGGAAACA